ACAGUCAGGCUAAGUCUACUGAGAACUACUAUUAAAAACAAGAGGAUGUUGUGUUUUUGAUUAUAAUGGAUUUUAGAUCAACAGGGGAUUAUUUUUUAAAACAUCUUCAGUGGUAAAAGGUGCGGUGUUAGAAUAUAGUCAACUCAAAAUGUCAGUGGACACGGCGUACACCUUGGAUCCUACGCUCCCCCCGGAUAACUGCACCACCCCCAGCCAGCUGACCUACCAGAUUCUGGCCUCUGUCAUGAUUGGACAGUUUAUUUUGGGGCUGCCGCUCAACCUCUCCGUCCUCUACAUCUUUAUAUUCAGGUAUAAAUUCUGGAAGAACAAGAGCAUCUUCUUGUUUAACAUAGUGGUGGCGGACUUCCUGCUGGUUGUCUGGCUCCCUGUCAAGGCAUACCAUUAUCUGCAGGGGUACCGGCACAGCACGGACUUGGUGUUGUGCAAGAUCAUGCUCUUCAUGCUCUUCCUCAACCGCGGGGCCAGCAUCGCCUUCCUCAUCACUUUGUCCCUGGACCGCUACUUCAACGUGGUCCACCUGGGCAGGAAAAACUGUGUCAAAAUUCUGAAGAAGUCCCCUCAGAUCUCUCUGGUCAUCUGGCUGUUGCUCCUGCCCCUCACCAUCCCCACCAUGGUGCGGACGUUUGAUUGUUGUAACAGCCACGGACGGUUUAACGAGACGUACUACAGCAACUUGACGGAUACUUUCAGAGAGAUUGUUUUCUUCACCCAGAUUAUAAUCCCAUUUAUAAUCCUGGUCUUCUGUACGGUGCGUGUCGUGAACCGUCUGAGGAAGAAGACCGUUGGGGACAGGACCAAACUGCAGCGCGCAGUUUGGGUGGUGCUGGCAGUAGUCUUUGUUUUCUCUCUCUGCUUUCUGCCCUGCGCCAUCUCCCGAGCAGUGCUUCUAUAUGUCCGCAUCAAGGAUAAUCAGAAAGCAGAGGAUGUUAUGGUACAGGUUUAUGACAGUCUGAUGGUCCUGUCCUAUAUUGAUUGCCUCCUGGACCCACUGGUGUACUGCUUCUGUAACACAGGCUUCAAAAAUGCAUACAUCUCCAACUUCUUCCCCUCGUUCCUCCAGGAAAAGCUGUUAAGUGCAGACAGUGGGACUGCAACAAAUACAACAACAAAUUCGGGAGGAAGGACAAUUUUCAUAGCAGCUACAGAGAAGUAAAUUAAUGUUGACUGUACAAUUGGUGCUAUUGAGCCACUGUUUGCAAAUACCAAAUAAGGGUCCGUAUUUAAGCAUAUAAUAAAUAUUACAAAGUUCCUACUGUAUGUUGCUUACUGAAUGUCCAUGUGUGAUAAAUAGAUGUUACCAGAGGAGGAUCACACAGUUUCAUCAUAAAAUCAUAAAAGCUGUAGUUUGACAAGAUUUUAUUAAAGGCAUAUCAAUUGCAUAUUUUUCCCAUGUAUAUUCCCUUGAAUGUCUGGUAUCUCUUGGAAGUGUAUAUGUGUACAUUUUGUUGUUGGUUAAAAAUGUGUUUAAACCUGUGAAUAAACAUGUAAGCUUGU